AGUGAAAAAAAAAAAAAACAGUUCGCUGAAGAUUAUGAGAUUUGUGUGAGCUGCUCUGCUGUUAGCGUUCGGCUAGUUAGCAUACACGUUAGCUAGCUAACUAAACUCUUCUUUGGGUUCAUUUUUCCUCCCCAAAUGGACUGAUAAGCAAAUACCCAAGAGACCUCACAACUUCCCUUUUUUUUGAAAAGGGCCAUGGCGCAGCAGCCCGGCCCACCUGAGAUCACCUGGUGCACAGGAUCUCCCGGGGUCGCUCCGAGCACAGAGGACGACUCCGGAUUGGAGGACGGAGAUGACGUGUGCGGUAAUCAUGGAAACAGCGGCCCGGCUCGGUCCCCGCAUCCACACGGAAAAAAGGAAUGUGCCACUAUCUUCGUCGCUUUCAAGGGAAACCUCGAUGACGACGACUUUCAGCAGAAGCUCGACACCAUCUUGAACGGGAUGCCGCAGAUGCUCUCACUGGGACCCGAGAGGAUGGCGCCCCAGCGAGUGGAGCCCUGGAACAGCGUGCGAGUCACGUUUCAUAUCCCGAGAGAAGCCGCUGAACGCCUCCGCCUCCUCGCUCAAAACAACCAGCAGCAGCUCCGGGACUUGGGGAUCCUAUCAGUGCAAAUCGAAGGUGAAGGACCCAUCAAUGUUGCAGGUGGUCAAAACCGAGGUCAGGAAGUCAGAGUGAACGGACCUAUCGGGGCACCGGCGCAGAUGAGGAUGGAUGUUGGGUUUCCUAUGCAACAAGGCCCUGCUGGAAUGCGGAUGAACAAUCCCUCAAUGGUGCCCUCUGGUCCUGGCAUGGCUCCACAGGGUAUGGUGCCUGGCAGUAGUGGACAGAUGCACCCAAGGGUACCAAGGCCAGCAACUCAGUCAGAUUCAAUGGAUCCCAUGAUGUCUGGACUCGCUUUGCAGCAGCAGCAACAGCUCCAACACCCGCAGGCACCGCACGGUCCACCCACACCUAUGGGCCCACAGGGACAUCACAUACAGGGCAUGCAACCAAACCGGCAGCUCAAUCCGGCAGCCCUACAGCAACUACAGCAACAACAGCAGCAGCAUCAACAACAGCAGGCUCAGUUAGCACAGUUAGGUGGUGCUCGGGGCCCGUUCAACCCUUCAAACCAGAUGCCUGUCCCUCCUGGUUGGAACCAGUUACCUUCUGGUGUUCUCCAGCCACCACCUGCUCAGGGGUCUAUGCCUCCAAAUUGGAGAAAAGCUCCUCCACAAGGUCAGAUAGGACAGCGUCCUCCUUCUUUGGCAUCUGUGCAAACACCAAACCAUCCUCCGCCACCAUAUCCGUUCGGCAGCCAGCAGGCUGGGCAGGUUUUUAAUGCUAUGGCUCAGCAGCAGCAGACAGCAGGGGCAAACCAGUUUGCAGCCCCUCAGCCUAAAGGUCCCCAAGGAGUUGUGGGCGUUGUUGGCCCAAGGCCACCUCCUCCCUUGCCUCCUGUGUCUGCUUCACAGGGCAACCUCGCUGCCAAGUCCCCUGGAUCCUCAUCUUCACCAUUUCAGCAGGGUUCACCUGGAACCCCACCUAUGAUUGGACAAGGUCAAGGUCAGCUAGGUCCACGUCCAACAACUCCCCAGGGGUUCCCGCAGGCAGUUGGAUCCCCAGGCAGGGCUGUGUUAGGGCAGCAGGGUAAUGUUCAGCCAGGCUUUAUGGGAAUGCCUCAGCAUGGCCAGGUUCCCCAAGGAGGGAUGGGAGGUAUGCCAAAACGAAUGCCAAUGGGGUUCUCAAAUGUAAACCAGAACUUUGCACAAGGACAAGUUACUGCAAGUGGGGCAGGAACCCCCACAGGUGGUACCCUUCAGCUUCAAAGUGGCCAAAACAUGGCUCAUGCAGGUCCACAACCUUCAGUCUCAACACCAAACCACAUGCAGCCCAAUUCCCUACAACCUGGUGGAAUUGGCCAUCACGGCGGAAUGGCUCCUCAGCCUCCAUCCACCUCUGGUGGUGGUAUGGGACAACCUCAGUCAGGUCUACAGACCCAGAUGAUGGGCAUGCAGUCCCAGCUUCAAAAUCCGCCUGUAGCCUCUUCUCAGAGUCAAAUGGUGCAAGGCCAGGCAGGAGGUCAGACAGUCCUGUCUCGGCCCAUGAAUCAAGGACAGAGAGGAAUGACCCCUCCUAAACAAUUAAUGCCUCCACAGGGACAAGGGAUGAUGCAGAACCAGGCCCAGCUUGGUGGGGGGCAGGGGCACCAAGCAUUACUGAUGCAGCAACAGCAGCAGCAGCAACAACAACAACAGCAGCAGCCACAGCAACAGCAUCAACAUCAGCAACAAGCAUCACAGCAGCAAAAUGCUAUGAUGGAACAGAUGGUAGCCAACCAAAUGCAAGGUAAUAAGCAGGCUUUUGGGCCCAAAGGUCAACCAGCUGUUAUGCCAGGUCAGAUGAUGCGAGGCCCAUCACCUAAUUUGCAGGGCAACAUGGUGCCGUUUCAGUCGCAGCAACAAAUGACUCCGCAGCAACAACAGCAAAUGGCUCAGUUGCAACAACAGCAGCAAUUACAGCAACAGCAGUUGCAGCAGCUUCAACUGCAACACCAACAGCCACAACAACAGCCACAACAACAGCAAUUACAACAGCUACAGCAGCAUCAGCAGCAAAUGGCACAGCAGUCUCAGCAGAUCCCAGUGAAUGGUAAUCCCAACCAACCAUUAGGGAUGCAUGGCGCUCAGAUGCGACUUGCAGGACAUUUGGUCCAGCAACAGCUCCAACAGCAGCAGCUUCAGCAAAAACAACAGCAGCAGCAGCAACAUCAACAACAGCAGCAGCAACACAUGAUGCAACAGCUACAACAACAGCAGCUACAGCAGCAACAACUACAGCAGCAGCAGCAGCUUCAGCAGCAGCAGCAGCAACAACAGCAGCAGCAGCAACAGCAGCAGCAGGCUGGUCAACAGCACCCACAUCAGCUCGGAGACGGCACUGGAAGCACAGGUGAUAUGAACCAACAACAGAUGCUUCCUGACAUGCAAAUGCAGCAGCAGCAGCAGCAGGGUAUGAUGGGAGGUCCUCAACACAUGCAGGUGGGCAAUGGACAUUUUCCUGGUCAUGGCAUGCCUUUCAAUCCUCAGUUUGCUGGCCAGAUGCCCAUUGGUGGACAAACAGCUGGGUUUCCAGUGAAUAAGGAUGUGACACUGACUAGUCCCUUAUUAGUUAAUCUACUUCAAAGUGACAUUUCUGCCAGCCAGUUUGGGCCAGGUGGUAAACAGGGAGCUGGUGCGGUUGGGGUUAACCCACCCAAACAAAAAAAGAAGAAAACACCUCGUAAGAAGAAACCUAAAGCAGGCGAGGGGCAGCAGUCUGCUGAAAGCCUUGGAAGUUUGGAUUCAGUUCCACAAGGGCUGGAUGAUGCAGAGUUGCAAGGUCUAGGUAGUGAUCAAGGAGCUGGCACGGAUUCUUCCAACUCAAAGCUCCCUGAAUUUCCUAACCGGCAAGGCUUUUCUGGACAAUCAGGAGAUCAGGGGGUUUUGCAGCAAAUGCCGCUCAUGGCCCUGCAGCAGCAGCAACAGCAGAUGCAGCAAAUGCAGCAGCAGCAAUUACAACAACAAAUGCAUCAGCAGCAGCAGCAGCAAGAGCAACAACAACAGCAGCAGCAGCAGCAAAUACAGCAACAGCAACAAAUGCAAAAGCAACAGAUGCAUAUGCAGAUUUCAGGUCAACCUGGAACACCACAAGGGUCACAACAAGGACAACAUCAGAUCCAUCCACAUCACUUACAGCUUCAACAGCAGCCACCACAGCACAUGCAGCAACAGCAACCACUGACACAACAGCAACAACAGAUGAUGAUGAUGCUUAAAAUGCAGGAACAAGCAAAGAAUCGGCUCCCACUUCAACAAAGUGGCCAUCCCCAAAGAACUCUUGUUAAUCCCGGUGAUCCUGCACAGAGAAUGCCUGUAUCCCAACAAGGAAACAUGCCUGUAAUGAUCAAUUUACAAGGGCAUGGAGGUGUCCCACCCUCUCCAGAAAAAGCCAGAGGCAUACAGCCAGUAAUAAACUCACAGUUGACUGCUGCAGCUAGAAGAAUGCCCCAUCCAGACAUUGGGCAGGGAACCCCAGGAAUGACACCAGAGGAAGGGUCAGGCACCCCUAACUUGCAGGACAGGGCAUCAGUUGAAAUGGCGCCUCAGGCAGGGAGUGCCAGUCAACAAAAUGUUGUCAACCAAGGUCCUAAUUCUCAUCUGUUGAAGUCUGUGCCUUCAUCAGUCACUCAGCAACCAGGAGCAAGUCCCCAGCAACAGCCCCAGCAAGCACCAAUGGCCGGCCCUCUUCAUUUUCCCAGUGCUCCUUCAACUUCCCAAAGUUCUCGCCCAAAGACUCCAAACCGUGCCAGUCCUCGACCAUAUCACCAUCCCUUGACCCCCACCAACCGUCCACCGAGCACUGAGCCUUCAGAGAUAAAUCUCUCUCCUGAGAGACUGAAUGCAUCAAUUGCUGGUCUUUUCCCCCCAAAGAUUAACAUCCCUCUACCACCCCGACAGCCUAACUUAGCUCGAGGUUUUGAUCAACAAGGUCUAAACCCUACCACUUUGAAAGCUAUUGGACAGGCUCCACCAAGCCUUGCAUCUCUUACCAACAGUAACACGAGUGGCAAUAAUAGUGUUCAGGGUUUUACACAAGCUAGUAAUGCAACUAGUACAGGUGCAAAGCAAGAGAAACAGACAGUUGGGGGGCAAACAAAGCGAGCUAGUCCCAGUAACAGUCGACGAUCUAGUCCUGCCUCAAAUAGAAAAGCGGCCACUCCCAGCCCAGGAAGACAGAAAUGGACUAAGAAUCCCCUAACCUCCAUACCAAAUCAACAACAAAUGACAGGUUCCCAAACUGUAAUGGCCAGUGCUUCUUCAGUCCUCCCAAGUCCCACUGCAUCUAUAUCAUCAGUAGGAACUCUAGAUUCCCAGCAAAGCCUAAACCCUCUGCAAGCACUCCCUAGUAAUUCAGAUGCAAUGAGAGAUAGCCAGGGACAGGCACCACAGCUAGACCCACGUCAGACUGCACAAGUGGAAAGAGAUCAGUCUGCUCUUAAAGUGGCAAAUCAACGCAUGCCAUCCCAGGAGCCAAAAAUUCAAGAGCCUAAUAUGCCACCUGAGCAACCAUCAGAGGAGAUGCAUCAACCUCAGAAGCCACCACUGCAAGAGCAUGGUUCUGCUGUUACAGCAUCUUUUAGAGAUGCCCCAACAUCCCUCAAUCAGUUGCUAGAUAAUUCAGGCCCCUCAUCCACAAAGCCACCAAAGGGUACGCCUCCAGUAGGUGGAGAUCGAGCGUUGGUGGAACAAGAGAGCCAACGUAACCCCAGUACCCCACAGAUCAGUGAUAGUGGGCUGCCUUUGCCCACUAGUGAACUUGAACAAAAAUCCAAGGUUGGUUCAAUGGCUAGCCCAAAUGUGAUCCAGACUAGCAGUCCAAGCCUUCAGUCAUCCUCUGGUGUAUCCACUGUUAGCCCAAGUUCAGCUUUGUUUACUAGCUCUGCUUCAAAUGCUAACCUACAUCCCAACCCUUCUGUUAGUUCAAAUCCCAGUACUAAACCUAUUACAAGUAUGUCCCAAACAGUCUUGCAUAGACCCACAUCAUCAGGGUCCACUCAACCAAAUCAAAUAACAGUUUUUGUGACAUCCAAUCCCAUUAGUUCUGCUGCUAGCACAGCAUCUGCAGGGCCUCCAGCCAUCGUCUCAACUGUGCUUGCAGUACCUAAGAACAUAAGACCUCCAGAAGUGCAUCAGUCUGCUCCUACUCAGAAUCGUCCUCCACAGUUUAUCACGGGACCUGUCAUUUUCCAAGUUCCUGUCUCUGUACCAUCAAGUACCAAUGUCGUUUCUCAGCCUGUCACUAUGGUUGGGCCCAUACAAGUAUCUGCCAAUAUUCAUGUCACUCCUGCUACAGUUUCAGGCGCAUCUUCUACUCUGUCUGUCCCUACGGCAACACAUUCUCCUGUUGUAAGCAUAGCCACAAGUCAGUCAGGUCGUGCCAUGAUUGGACAAAUCCAAGUGCAAGUGCCUGCAAGUCAGGCUUCCUCUCUAAACACAGUCCAUUCUUCUCAGCAAGAGAGCACUUCUGACACCCCAGUCUCAAAAAUAAGUCCUUUAGGACAAUCAUCAUCUUUACAGCCUAGCUCAUCUCCUGGUGUUCCCCCAUCUGUUCAACAAUCUCUGGCAUCUUCGCCUGCCUGCUCCAGCCCAGGGACUACUUCUGUUGCCCGCAGGAGUCCCCUCUCACAGCCACCAAUAACUAUUGCCAAGAGCAGUCCAGUCCAAAAUGUUCCGAGCAAGACUUCCACCCCCCAGACUACAACCCAGUCAGGAAAACCUAUAGAUAGCGCACCAUCUCAAGCCCCACCACAAGUGGUUACAAAUGCAACACUUUCAAGUUCACUGCCUCCUCUCACAGCAGUCUCAUCUGCACCACCUGCACCUCAGCCAUCAGCACUAGUACCUACAGUUUCUUCUUCUGUACCCGUGCAGAUUCCUCCACCAGUUUCCUCUUCCACCCUUACGCCCAGUCCUUCGGUGAUCGCUCUCAGCUCUGCCGUGGUACCUCCUGCCAGUUCUGCUUCCAGUUCCCCACCAGUCUCGAGUAUGUCUGCACCAUCUGUUCCACCUCCUGCUUCUGUCCCACCAGUGACUCCUACACCAUCUACUGGUCCUACAGCAGGGUCAUCUCCACUACUUCCAGCUGUGGAACCACAGCCUUCCACAGUAAUGAGCUUGCCUGAGUCAGCAAACACCACAGCACCUGCUGCAGAUACUCCAAGUCUUCAAGCUCAGCCUGCACAGGAACAACAGCAAACUGGAGAGGCAGCGCCCUCUGUGGCAGAACAGGGAUGGGCAAAGAAAAGAAAGACGCCCAUCGACUUAGCCCAAAGGGAAGCAAGAGGCCACACCGAAAAGGCAAAAGGCCCCAGCCGAAGGAGCUCACGGGCUGAGAAGGACACUGAAGAGGAAGUGCCUGACAAUGGACAGAGAAAGAGGGCAGUCAGACCAGGGUCGGCCUCCUCCAACCCAGGGAAAGCUGCAGAAUCAAACACUGGAGCGAGUCCCACGCAGGCCAAGCGAAGGAAGUCGAAGUGAUCAUGAAGCUUAACACACCUGUGAAAUGUACAUUUCUCUCUUGAACUGUUUUAUCUGCUGUUUUUCCUGUAAUCAUGUUGCGUGUGUGUGUGUGUAGUAGCCAUGUACAGAAACGUGUUUUUAAAAAGAAAUUAAUGAUGUUUUUGUUCCCUGAUACUAAGUGGUAUCCUAUUUACAACUGUGUGUGUGUGUGUGUGUGUGUGUGUGUGAGAGAGAGAGAGAGAGAGAGAGAGAUGUGUCCUGUUUUUUAUAUAUGCUGGAUUAAUCAUGAAGCCUGAUAAUGGAUUGUAUAAUAAUGUUACAAAAAUGGAUUAAAAUGGUUUUUUUAUGUUUUUGUUUUUAAACUUCUUGUCCCUGGACAUGGAUUAGUAAUUGUCUGCGCACUUCUCACCUCCUUGUUACUUGAGUACAUUUUGUUUAAGUAUGAAAUUGUGAUUUUUUUUUUUUUUCUUCUUCUUCUUCUUCUUCUUCUUCUUCUGUUCAUUUGGGCAGCUAAAUAUUUUUUUUUUCUGUACCACCCUCUCACACACCUUCCCCACCCCAGAAACAAGAAUCUCAAUCAUGAAACUGAAAUUUAAAAUAAAAGCUUGAUUUCAACAA